AUGAAUGAUAACGCUAUGUUUAUUUUAAACUCUUUUUUCCUUUUAAAAUUCAUUCUUAUCUUUUAACAUUUUCCAUACAAAAUUUUUUUUUUUUAACAUCUCAAUAAAUUUCAAGACGAACUUACAUGUUCCAUUAAGUUCAAUUCAUUAUUAGAAUAAUAUCAUUUAAAACUCUUAGAUAUUUUCUUGUUUCUUGAUAAUGAAGAAUAAUGAAAAUGACAAAAAUGUAUCAAUGGAGUUAAUCGGUGAAAAAGAGAGCAAUGCUUCUUUUUCAAAAAACUCAUUGGACACUGUAAAAGAGACAUCAUUUCAUGAUAACUCCAAAACAUUGGAUUCACACAAAUGGCAGGAUGUUAUUAACAAGUCUCUUAAAAGAACAUUUGCAUUUUUUUCAGGAAACGUUGGUAUUAAUUUUUCAAAAUUGUUUUCAAUUUCUCAGCCCCACGAAAAACGUCAACGUGUUUUAUUAAAGUAUGAGUUUAACAUUUCAGAUUCUAAAUCUGUUUUUCCAAAAGAAACCGUGUUUGAAUCCACAUCUAAUGUAUUAGACAAAAAAGUCACAGAAGACAAUUCUAUUGUACCAGUAUCACAAAUUUCCCGAAAUUCAUUUAGCGUUGCUUUACCGCGUCACGUUUUUAAAAACGAUGCCAAUAAUACUGAAAGUCAUGCAAGACCUGUGGAUGCAUUACAGCAUCUUGUAAUUCGUCGUCCGCUGAAAAUUCCCAAAGCAGCAAAACAUUUAAAAUGGGAGUUAAUGAGAGUGAUAGCCGGACAUCAAGGUUGGGUUCGAGCCUUGUCAGUCGAUCCUGAGAAUCAAUGGUUUGUGUCUGGAGGCAAUGAUCGUUUAGUUAAAAUUUGGGAUUUAGCAAGUGGUUCAUUAAAAUUAUCAAUGACAGGUCAUAUUAAUACAAUUCGUGCCUUACAAGUGUCUCAUCGUCAUCCCUAUUUAUUUUCCGCGGGUGAAGAUCAAAUGGUGAAGUGUUGGGAUUUAGAAUACAAUAAAGUCAUACGUCAUUAUCACGGCCAUUUAUCAGGCAUUUAUUGUAUGGCACUUCAUCCUUCUCUUGAUAUUUUAGCGACAGGUGGAAGAGAUGCUGUUGUUCGUGUAUGGGAUAUGCGAACAAAACUGGCUGUUCAUGUUUUAAGUGGUCAUACUGGAACUGUUAUGAGUUUAUGUAGUCAACGCAAUGAACCUCAAUUUAUUUCAGGAUCAUUAGAUAAAAUGAUUCGAUGUUGGGAUUUAGUUUCAGGAAAAACUUCCGUUGUUUUAACGCAUCAUAAAAAAGGGAUUCGCAGUUUAGCCAUUCAUCCACGCGAGUAUACAUUCUGCUCAGCUGCAGCUGACCAUGUGAAAGUUUGGGCAUGCCCUAAAGGAGAUUUCGAAAGAAAUUUAGAAACUGUUGGAACCAUUUUAAAUGGUGUUACCAUUCGUGAUGAAAAUACAUCGGGAAUCGUUAUAGCUGGAUCCGAUCAAGGACAUUUGCAUUUUUGGGACUGGCAAUCCGGACAAAAAUUUCAAACCAUUGAAACUAUUCCACAACCUGGUUCUUUAUCUGGAGAAAAAGCGAUUUAUGCAGUUCAAUUUGACAUGUCCCAAACCCGUCUUUUAACGGCUGAAUGUGAUAAAACAAUUAAAGUAUGGAGAGAAAAAAAAGAUACUCUUCUUGAAGACAAUUAAAGCACUUUUAUUUUUUAACAAAAGUAUUGUUUCAAAUAGAAAGACGAAGAACACGUAAAAAACAAGUUGUUACCUUCUCUUCCUUUAACAAUUUUAUUUUUUUUCCCGUAAACCAGCAUUGUCCAGGACUCCAUUUUAUUUCUUUCCAUUAACACCACUGAUAUGGAAAAGACCGAUUAAUAGUUUUAUAAGAAUCAAUUGUUCACUCUUCUUCUUUAUGGCGAAAUUACAAAACCCUGGUGGUUGGAAUUUGUAAAAUGAACCAAUAGGCAGACUCCACACAUAAAGAUCAUUCUUUUCCUACCAUGUUUUUUCUUAUCGUUGAUUCAAGACGAAAAAAAAAAAAACCCAUAUCUUACUGCCUUUUUUGCUUUAUAUAAAAGGAACAAUAAAAAGAUUGACGCGAACAUGUUUUUUUUAAUAAUAUCUUUCCUGUUUAUUAUUGAGUUAAACGCAUUCUUUAGUCACGUUUUAAAAAAUUUUUUUAACGUACCAUGUUGUGUGAAUAAAAAAAAAACAUUAAUUUUUCGUAGUGUUGUCACUUUUAA